GGCAUGCGAGCGGGCAAGCAAGCAGGCAGGCAGGCAGGCAGGCAGGUAAGAGUUUGGUAUGGUCUAGCUGCUCGCUGCCACGAAGCGCGUUGAAUGCCGGGGCCUCUCGAGACCCGGUACCAGCGCCGCGCGGCAGCUCCCCUCUCCAAGAUGGCCGCCGUUGGUCGGGUCCAGCCGUGAGUUCCCCUGACCGAGCCAGGCGAGUCCGUCGGGUUAGGGGAAGGGUAGACCUCGCAGGUGCCGCCAUGUCAGUGCAUGCCUAACUUCGAAGCCGCGCGGAACGGACGUUGGGCCCGUGUACGCGACACCUCGUGCUACCGCCGUACCUACGAAGGGUUUUACGCUCCCUGUCGUUUGGUCCUCGCGGUUCGCGCCUUUGACCUCUCCGUGAUUAUCGUCAUACGGAGAGACGCGCGCGCGGAGCAACACGGUGCGACGCGCCGGUCUCGUUCAGUUCGGGAGAAAACGGAGCGCGACUGAGGAGUGUGUUCCGACCCUUCGAGAUCGAGAGUAGGCCGCGAAAGGAGAGACGAGAGUCAUCGGACGGCGACCGGUGCGUCUCUUCUCCUCUGCGAGAGCCACGGAGAGAAGCGCGUGCAGGCGAGUUGCCAGCGCGACACCGCGCGAUACUUUGCGCGUCUCGUGUAACGAGAUUGGGCAAGACGCGCGUCAUUUGACUCGUCUCUAUUCGCGCGCGCGUGUCCACUGGCAUACAGGGAUUGACAGUUCGGAGUGUUGUUUCAACAAUCGUCGUUCGCGAGUCGUACGAUCCGCUUUUCUCGUUUCAAGAAUUCUAUUGCUAUACCAACAGACCGCGACGUCGACAUCAGCUCUACACGCUGGUCCGUUGACUCCGGUUCGCGAAUCAAUCGGGGGCGUCUUACGCGGCAGCCGGCCAACGAGAAUGACAGCGGCAAUGACCGGCCGGUGACGUCGUGGGACGAAUCACGCGAUCGGCGAUCGAGGCGGACGAACCCGCGACGUACGGGACAGCGCCGAGGAGCGCGAGGUGUCCGACGGUCAUGCGUGACGCCAGACGAUCGCGCCGGGUUCGCGAGCGGUCGUACUGAUCGGUUUUAUCGCGAUCGGUUACGAUAUGGAUCUAACGCGAGGGAUGUGUCGUAUCUCGUCGUAGCGCGCCAGUUCGCUAAAAAGGUUUAUAUACCUAAAGGCAAAGAAAACGGGAGAGCGAAAACGCUCUGUCCGAGGAAGGAGAGGAAAGAGUAAGAGCGCCGCGAUAAUUCGGGUAUCAUCAGCGUCGUUCGGCGUUCGGGCGAAUCCCCGCGACGGACGCUACUACUAUGUCCUCGCACCGACCAAGUGCACCGAGGCAAGGCUCGCGUGACCGCGGAUGCAAAUUGACGUGACACGGUGAGAGACAAUUACGCCGAUACUUGAAACGUUCGCGUAAAGUGGAGCGCGCGAAGAAGGGAGCGCGCGGGUACUCCCUGCGUGUGAACGUAAAAAAAAAAGUCACGGUGGAAGUGAAUAUUAGGGUCACAAGAGACCCAUUCGAAGGAUAAAACAGUGAUAUUUUGGUGGUUGCUUCGUGUUGGUGCUACUUAAAGGUUAACUUAGCAGGUUUAUACUUGUGUUGGGUGAUAAGAGAAAAGUGCCGGUGGAGAGAAACGCGACAGGCAGGAGAGAACGCGGAGGGACGCCGAGAGUCGUCAACUCGCGCGACCCCAGUGGCCACGAGGAAUCCAUUUCAUUUCGCGUCGCGACAGGUGGCCGCGUAGAGAAUGGAAAGGUCGAGAUAAUAUCGUGAGUCGAGGAGGGCGAGGAGGAGGAGGAGGAAGAGGUGGCGUGGUGCUGGAGGCUGGCCCCAGGAUGUGGCAUCUGCUACUGUUCCUCGUCCUGGGAGCGACCCCCGCCCCGGGCGCGCAGCCCGAGCGCGUCAAGUACCUGGAGGUGUCCGAGAACGUGCGGCCGGGCACUCGGGUGGGUUUCAUCGACAUCGACAGUCCGCCGUAUCUGAUAGCGUUGGUGCCGGGCUCGCCGGUGGAGACCGACCUGAUCGUCGAACCGACCACGGGCGAGAUAAAGACGCGAGUGCCGUUGGACCGCGAGACCCGGCCGUCGUACAGCCUGGUCGCGCUGCCGAGCGUGCGGGUGGUUAUCAAUGUGCUCGACGAGAACGAUAACGCGCCCACCUUCGCCGAGGAUCACGUAGACAUUGAGUUUCCGGAGAACUCGCCCCGCGACGUGAAGCGGCCCCUGCCACCGGCGUACGACCCCGAUCUCGGCCAAUACACGACGCAACGCUACGAGAUCGUGUCCGGCAAUCACGGCGACGCGUUCCGGCUGUCGCAGCAGCGCGGCCGCGACGGCGUUCUGUACCUGGACCUUCAGAUCGCCGGCUCGCUGGACCGGGAGGCGCGCUCCCGAUAUUAUCUGGUGAUCGAGGCGCUCGACGGCGGCACGCCGCCGCUUCGCUCCCGCUUGACGGUCAACGUGACCGUGCAGGAUGUCAACGAUAAUCCGCCCGUCUUCAAUCAGACGCGAUACAUGGCGAGCGUGCCGGAGAACGCGACCGUCGGUACGCCGGUGCUCGCGGUAAACGCGACCGACGCCGAUGCCGGCGACAACGGGCGCAUCGAGUACUCCAUCAAUCGCCGACAGUCCGAUCGCGAGGAGAUGUUCCGCAUCGAUCCGGAGACCGGCAUGGUCUACGUGAACAAGGCCCUCGACUUCGAGUCGAAGGAGCACCACGAGCUGGUGAUCGUCGCCCGGGAUCGCGGUGCCCAGCCGCUCGAGGCCAGCGCCUUCCUCUCCGUCCGCGUGACCGACGUCAACGACAAUCAGCCGGCCAUCACCGUCAUCUUUCUGUCGGACGACGCGACUCCCAAGAUCAGCGAGAGCGCGCUGCCCGGCGAAUUCGUCGCCCGGAUAUCCAUCAGCGAUCCCGACUCCCGGACGGAGUACUCGAACGCGACGGUCACGUUGAUGGGUGGCGACGGUCACUUCGGUCUGGCCACGCGAGACAACAUCAUCUACCUCGUGGUGGUCGAACGGCCGUUGGAUCGCGAGGAGCAGUCCGUCUACGAGUUGUCGGUGGAGGCGACGGACGCCGGCACGCCUCCGUUGUGCGCUGUGCGCACCUUUCGGCUCCUCGUCACCGACGUCAACGACAACGCGCCCGAAUUCGAGCGCGACAGAUACGAGGCGCAUCUCCUGGAGGCGUCCGAGCCCGGCACGUCGGUGAUACAGGUGGUCGCGACUGAUCUCGACGAGGGCGCCAACUCGGCGAUCCGUUAUUCUCUCAUUAACGCGACGUGGUUCGCGAUCGACGAGACCAGCGGCCUCAUCACCACGAUGACGCACGUGGACUGCGAAGCCAAUCCGGCACCGAUUCUAAUAGUGUACGCGACCGACUCCGGACGACCGCCCCUCAGCAGCAGCGCGACCGUGCGAGUCACCAUCCACGAUCUCAACGACAACGAGCCCAUCUUCGAGAAGCCGCUCUACAGCGCCAACGUGCCGGAGGACAUACCCGUCGGACGCUGCUUCCUCAAGGUGCAAGCCACCGAUCCCGAUUGCGGCGUAAACGCGAUGGUCAAUUAUACUUUGGCCGGCGGUCGGCUGGAGAACGAACAGCUCACAGUACACAGUGAUACGGGAGAAAUUUGCAUCCGGUCGCCGCUGGACAGAGAAACACUGCCUUAUCUGGAACUACCUGUCAUUGCCACCGAUAGAGGGGGAUUAAGUACAAUAGCGAUCGUGCGCGUCGAGGUGACGGACGUGAACGACAACCGGCCGAUUUUCAACCCGCGGCAGUACAACGUGACCCUGCGCAGCGACGGCGUAAUGCACGAUCCGAUCUUGAAACUGGUGGCGACCGAUCUCGAUGACGGCCCGAUUGCCUAUCGCAUCACCAGCGGCAACGAGGCCGGGGUCUUUCAUAUCGAUCGCAAUACCGGCGAGUUGCACGUGGUGAGGUCGAACCUGCUCCUGCGCUCGCCGUUGCAUCAAAUCAACGUGACGGCGACAGAUUCAGCCGGCCAGAAGAGCAUCGUCGACGCCGAGGUCAAGGUCACCGUUUCCUCGCCCAGUCACAAAAUCGCCACUUGCGAGAAACCGCGCUACGUCGUCACGCUCAAGGAGAGUAUCCAGCAGAACACCAUCGUCGGCGGCAUGAAGUACGCCGCGUUAGCGUUACCAUCCCCAACGGGCGAACGAUCAAGCAGGUUUUAUCUGGCAAGAGAGGAAGCUGAUCUCUCGCUGGAUCCCAACACGGGGAUGCUGAGGAUUCGACAGCCGCUCGAUCGGGAAUCACGUGACAAAUACGUUCUCAGCAUCGAGGCACAUAAUAGCGGCUCCGUUGGAUAUUGCCAGAUGGAAGUGAUCGUGGAGGACGUGAACGACAACCCACCGUCAUUUCGCACGAGCACCGUUCGCAUCUCGGUGCCGGAAUCGCACCCUCUUCACGAGCCUCUGUACGUAGCGCACGCUACCGAUCCCGACAUCACGCCGUCGCUGCCGAUACGCUACGUUCUCGGUCAGAACGGCAACAAUCUGUUCAGGAUAAACGUGCAAACCGGCGAGCUCUAUUUAACGAAGCGAUUGGAUUACGAGACCCAGCAGAGGCACGGCCUCCUGAUAACUGCCCUGGACGGCACCGGGCUCUCGUCUAACCUCAGCCUGAGCGUCGAGGUGCAGGACGUGAAUGACAACCCCCCAGUGUUCGAGAGGAACGAGUAUCACGUGGAGGUUCCCGAAGGCGCCAGGCUUGAUUCCCAGAUUCUUCAGGUAACAGCAGUGGAUCUGGACACGGGAAAUAACGCGAGGCUGAGCUAUCGUCUGCACGGGUCGACCGCUUUUCGCAUCAAUCCUAUUACCGGCUGGAUCUACCUAGCGCAGAGCUUGGACCGCGAGACUCUCGAUCGGCACGCUUUGACGGUUUUCGCGACCGACAACGGAUCGCCCGCGGCGACCGCGAGUGCGACCGUGCUGGUGAUGGUCCUGGACGACAACGACAACGAUCCGCGUUUCGAGAAGGACUUUUACGCGUUCGAGCUGCUCGAGAAUCUACCCUCGGGCACUCUGGUCGGACGCGUGAGCGCCAUCGAUCCCGAUAUCGGCAAGAACUCGCUCCUCAGAUACGCGGUGGUCCAAACCAACAGCAGCUUCGCCGUUGAUCCCGACACAGGCAAGAUCACCACGCGCGAGCCGCUCGACCGUGAAGCGAAAGGCGUCCACGAGCUGGUCCUGGAGGCGCGGGAUCAAGGAAUACCGUCGAGGGCCGCCAGAGUGCCUCUGAAGGUCACGGUCCUGGACGUCAACGACAACUCGCCCGAGAUCGUCGAUCCCCAGAGGGACGUGGUCAGCGUCAGGGAGGAGCAACCGACGGGAACGGAGGUCGCCAGGGUGCGGGCACUGGACACGGAUCUCGGCGAAAACGCCUCGGUGACGUACAGCAUCUCGAAAGACCGAGACUCGGACGGCUACAACGUCUUCACCAUCGACCCGAUCACCGGCAUGAUCAGGACCAAGGCCGUGCUCGAUCACGAGGAGCGCAACGUGUACCGGGUGUCCGUAAGGGCGACCGAUGCCGGUCAUCCGCCGCGACACAGCGAGCGCGUGUUGCGAGUCGAAGUUCUGGCACUCGCGGAUAACCGGCCGACCUUCACCAGCAGCAGUCUUACCUUUAACGUGCGCGAGGAUGCAAGUAUCGGGCACGCGGUGGGGUCAGUAUCGGGGGCGAGUCCCGCGGGUCGCGUGGCCUUCACCUUGGACUCGCUGACGCCGAUGAGCGAGUUUCCAGCUUUCGACGUCGACCGCAGCUCGGGCCAGCUGGUGGUCGCCCACUCGCUCGAUCGCGAGAAUGUGAGCGAGUACCAUCUGGAGAUCCGUGCGUUGGAUACGACCUCGCUCGGGAAUCCUCUCGGGAAUCCUCAGAGCACCGCCGUUUCCGUGAAGAUCAUCAUAAACGAUGCUAACGACAAUCCGCCGAGUUGGCCGCAAGAUCCGAUAAUUAUUCGCGUGUCCGAAAGAGCAGCGAUUGGCUCGACCAUUUACAAUCUCACUGCCAGCGAUCGGGAUAGCGGUUUGAAUGGCGAUCUUAGAUACGGUCUCGUAGCCGAGUUCCCACCGAAGGGUUACUUCGCCGUGGACUCUUUAACUGGCGCUUUGACGUUGGCCAAGCAACUGGAUAGAGAGGAGAGGACGGAAUAUGUUUUGAUUCUCAAAGCAUCGGAUCGGGCAUCACCGGGAGAGCAAUUAGCCGCCAUGGUCACCGCAAGAAUCAUCGUCCUCGAUCAGAAUGACAACGAUCCUGUCUUCAUCGCGCCAGAAUUCACCAAGCUGAACGUUACAUCGAAUCUUCCGCCUGGUGCUAGUCUGGUAAGAGUCGUAGCCGUGGACAAGGACUCUGGCGACAACGGUCGGAUAUCUUAUGUGAUAACCUCGGGCAACGAGGAGUCGCGGUUCACCGUGGGCUACGACUCGGGCAUCGUAAGCCUUGCGAAACCCAUCACGAAGCCCGCGAAUCUCGAGAUUACGGCCAACGAUCACGGAUCUCCACCUCGCAAGGCCGUGCUGAAGCUGAGUCUGAACCCAGUGGCGGCGGAGGCGAGCGGACCUCCUCGACUGCUGUUGCCUAAUCCGAUCGCUAGGAUUUCCGAGAACCUCCACAUCGGGUCGCACGUGGUGAACGUUGCGGGAUCAGCAGUUGCGGAUCAAGGUAACGUCACCUUCAGCAUCCCGAGCAACAUAGCUUCAAACAAGUUCACCAUAACGCCCAAUGGUCAAGUCACUCUUCGAAGUCCCCUGGAUCGCGAGAAGGUUGCGCGCUACUCGGUGCCCAUCAUGGCGAGAUCUAACAAACUUCUGGACGUCACGAUUCUGGAAGUGAUCGUGAUGGAUGAGAACGAUAACAGUCCGGAAUUUCGACCGGGUUCCUGCUACACUCUCGCCGUGCCGGAAAAUCAGGAAACUUCCGCGAUUCACACCGUAGCCGCGACCGAUCUUGACGGGGGGAAGAACGGCGAGAUCUCGUAUAGUAUCGUAGGCGGCAACAACGGCGCCAAGUUCAUGUUGGAUCCGGUCACCGGUGUGUUGUCGAUGUCAAAUCUGGAUCGUGAGACCGUGCCCAAGUACAUCCUGACGAUUUCGGCCAAGGACAAGGGGAGACCGAGCCGAGAAGCGCGCUGCAAUCUCACCGUGAUCGUGCUGGACAUCAAUGACAACGCUCCGACUUUCGUGCAGAACCAGUACACUGGAACCAAUUCGCACAACGGUUUCCCCUACGGUUCGUCGAACUAUCCGGCGAAUUACCAUCUCGCGAAGUACGUGACGACCAUCUCGGAGGACGUCCCGCCGGACUCGAGCGUGAUGUCCGUGAAGGCGACUGAUCCGGACCAAAGUGUAAGCGGGAAGAUUACGUACGCCAUCGCCGAAGAGACUAGCUGGCUCUUCAGGGUCGACAACCUGACCGGCGUCAUUACUACAGCUGGCCCACUGGACCGUGAACGCCAAAGUAGCUAUACCUUCUUCGUGGUUGCCACGGACAGCGGCAGGUACGACGCGAAAAGUACAUCGAUACCAGUUGAGAUCAACAUCAGCGAUGUAAACGAUAAUGCUCCAAUUUUCGAGGAGUAUCCCUUUCGAGCGCGCGUGCCUGUCGGCACGCAACCGGGUCAGAACAUUCUCCGGGUGUCAGCCAAAGACGCCGACGACGGUGCGAAUGGUGAUAUCGUCUACUCAUUGAUAAACGAGCAGGAGAAACCGAAAUUUCGGAUACACCCUAGCACCGGUGAAGUAACAGCAAGCCUAUCGUUGUCGCAAGAUAACGGCAGGACAUAUCAUCUGGAGGUGUUGGCUCAGGACAAGGGUAAUCCGCCAAAGAGCACCAAGGGUUUGAUUGAACUUCAGGUCGGCGACCACGCUGAUCUGACGCCUAGCCUAAAGUUUCAAAAUGACACGUAUAACGUUGUCGUUCAAGAAAAUUCGGCAGCUGGCACGGAGAUCGUUAAGAUCACCGCGGUGCGUACCGAUGGCAGAAGACAGCGUGUCACCUAUUCGAUCGCAUCGGGAAACGACUAUCACACCUUCGCAAUCGAUGAAGACACUGGUCUGUUACGCGUCAAUGAUCCCACCAGACUGGAUGCGGAGCUUUGGAACGACUUGACGGUAAAACCCGGUACUGAAUUGCCAGAUGAUACAGCGCGCACUAAUUCGUGGGGUAGAUCCUUGGAGGGCCAGCAGCCGAAGGAAGAGCCAAGAGAAAGUUCGAGGCAUAUCCUCAAUGUGGUGGCGAGGACAGUGAGCCAAGAGGUUCUGGAGGCGUACGUCAAAGUAAUCAUCAGGAUAUCCGAUGUUAACGAUAAUCCACCAAUCUUCACGCAAAUGCAAUACUCUGCUACUGUACUCGAGGGCAAUACCAAGGGAGAUUUUGUCGUGAAGCUUUCAGCAAGUGAUGCAGAUCAAGGGUUAAACAGCAGAAUCUUAUAUCAUAUUGUGGAUGGUAAUCCAGAUAAUGCCUUCACCAUAAGUCCACCGUAUAGCGGAGUCGUACGGACCAAUAUAGUCCUAGAUCGCGAGAUCCGUGAGAAGUAUAGGUUGACCAUCAUCGCGACUGACCAAGGAAACCCGCAAUUAACUGGCACAGCCGCAUUGAGCGUGCGGGUAAUCGAUGUCAACGACAAUCAGCCCACCUUCCCAGAGCACAGUAUCAUUUCAGUCUCUGAAGGUACUGCCGUGGGAGCCGUGCUGACGACCAUCACGGCGAACGACGUCGAUAGUUCGCCGGCGUUGACGUAUCGAUUUGGCAACGUGACGAGUCCGGGUCCCUUCAGCAUCGACCGAUACGGCGGCAAGGUUGUCCUGCGGAAGCGUCUGGACGCCGAAACGCGUUCCGAGUAUACUCUUCAGGUGAUCGCCAGCGACGGGAUUCACGAGGCGACGACCGAUCUCACCGUUCGUGUGACCGAUCUCAACGACAACGCGCCGCGAUUCAGGCAGGCUGUCUACGUGACUGUUCUUUCGGAUGGGCAAGGCAAGCAGGAAAUUCUGACGGUAAACGCCACGGACGACGACCUUUCGGAGGAGAACAGCCGAGUGCGAUAUUAUCUGUUGCGUCCCGUGAAGGGAUUUUCGGUGGAUCCCGUGACCGGCGUUCUGACUGUUAAUCACACAGCGAUACUCAGGCCGAUACCGAGAGAGAUGGACCUGGCGAUCGUUGCGGAAGACCACGGCGAGUCCCCGGCGUCGUCGAUAUGCACGGUGGUCGUGCGACUUAGCAGUUUAGAGAGUGCCCUACCUGGGCGGGAACACAAAAUCAUGGUGAAGGAAAGUUUGCCGAAGGGCACGGCGCUGAUGAAGCUUUCCGACGUGGAUUUGCUGGAUGGCGCCAUCGUUGCGGGCGACGAUAGCGGAACAUUUGAGAUAUUCAUAGAUCAACUGAUUCUCUCAAGGAUGCUUGACCGUGAGACGAGAGACAAGUACAUGCUGCAGUUGGGCAGCAAGAUCGGAAAUAUGACAACAAGCUCGUUAGUGGGAGACGAACCGGUAAGAGUAACAAUCAUUGUUGAGGAUGUCAACGAUAAUUAUCCGCACUUUCUGGAAGAGGUUUAUCAAGUAUCGAUCAAGGAAGACACCCCACGCGGAACAACAGUUGCCAUUCUACAAGCCAAAGAUGACGAUUUGGUAAACAGCACGGCAGCCACGUUGGUGUACGACAUCACCUCGGGAAACGACGGUGGUCUCUUCCGAGUCGAAAAGACGAGCGGUGCGGUUCUAGUAAAUUCCACGCUAGACUGUGACCUCGAGCCCGAGAUCUAUAAUCUCGUGGUGAUGGCCUGCGAUAGCGAUCCGACUCUGCCUCUAUGCGCCCUUGCCAGACUUCGAAUUCAUCUGGAAGAUGUAAACGACAAUUCGCCGAAAUUCCCAGUUUCCGAGUAUCUCGAGUUCGUUGGUGAGAACGAGCCAAUCGGCACGACCGUCUUCUCCGCGCGUGCCUCGGAUCUCGAUCGCGGCAUCUUCGGAUCGUUAAACUACUCCAUUGUUUCCGCCGCCGCCAGCGGAUUCUCCGACAUCGACGACAGUUGGAAACUGUUUGCAGUCGACGAAUCGGGCACCGUUAUCACUCGUGCCGUGUUCGAUUAUGAGCAACGGAAUCGGUACGCAUUUACAUUGCGCGCCACGGACGCAGGCGGCCGUACCGCGGCGGUGCGUGUCAGGGUGGAGAUUGAUUCGAGGGACGAAUUCUUCCCACAAUUCACCGAGAGAAUGUACCGAUUCGGAAUACGAAGCAGUGCUCAAAUGUUGCCUGGCACUGUAAUUGGUCAUGUUACGGCAACCGAUCGCGACAAAGGGCCCGAUGGUCGGGUCGUGUAUCAGUUAACGUCCCAGCAUCCUUAUUUCAAAUUGAAUCGCACGACCGGUGCUAUUAUUGUGAAGCAAAAAUUAAUGCACAUUGACGAAUCGUCUAGAUUAGUAGUCAGUGCGAGUUCCGGUAGGCAAGGUUCUCUAUCUAACAUGACGGUAGUAGAAAUUACGCUGAUGGAUGACAACGAGCUGAAUGGAGCUAGAGGAGCUACCGCUCUAGCAACGCCGACAGACGUCGGUUCGAACAUGGCCGUAGCCACUUCGGGUGGUUUGGCCGAUUGGGUCCUGGGUCUGUUGAUCGCUCUCCUUCUUCUAAUUCUCGCGUUUGUUGCCAUCUUUCUCUAUCUUCACAUUCGUAAUCGCCGUCACAAGAAGCCCGGCACGAAACCAGGUCUGAACGGUGAGAGCAAUGCAACUGCGUCAAAUAGCUACGUGGACCCGAGCGCGUUCGACACGAUUCCAAUUAGAAGCGUGACUGGAGUCGGGGCGAGCGGAAACGGCAGUUCUGCAAGUGCCGGAGGAGCGGGUGGUGGUGCGUCUUGCCAAUUUGCUCCUCCUAAAUACGACGAGAUACCUCCUUAUGGAACAUCCAGUCAAUCCGGGCAACAGCAAGCUACCUCUGAACUUUCCGGAAGCGAUCAAUCGGGUUCUUCAGGCAGAGGCUCUGCCGAAGACGAUGGAGACGACGAGGAGAUCAGAAUGAUCAAUGAGGGCCAGCAGACCGGCGAUUCCGCGAGCGACCUCUCGGUUCACAAUACUCAGGAAUACUUAGCUAGAUUGGGCAUCGUGGAUCCUCCAGCUAGUACGCCUAGAAGGCCUCCCGAAGCUCUGCCCCUGGAUAGUUUGCAUCUGUUUGAGGACGAGGCGAGCACAGAGGCGGAUAUAGCGACUUUGAUCUACGGUAAGAUCGGGGAACCCGGACGACCCACUUCUGGUCUGGAAGUACCAGGUGGACCAUCGAUGAACGGCUCUCUGAGUUCCAUCGUUCACAGCGAAGAGGAACUCACUGGCUCCUACAAUUGGGACUAUCUACUAGACUGGGGACCCCAAUAUCAACCGCUGGCUCACGUAUUCAGCGAGAUUGCUAGGUUAAAAGACGAUGCCGCUAGUGUUCAAAGCGGAAACUCCGGCAGCAGCGGCAAGACGAAGUCUGUACAUAAAGCACCGCCACCGCCGUUGCUUACAUCCGUCGCUCCAAGGUCAUUGGCGGCGCCGGCGCUAGCGAGAGGAAUUCUACCAAGGUCACCGAUCAGCCACGAUGCCUCGACCUUCCCUUCCGCCGCGCUGAGUCCGAGUUUCUCACCCUCAUUAUCACCUCUGGCCACGAGAAGUCCCAGCAUCAGCCCGCUCGUGCCACCUACCGCCCAGAGAUCCAGUCAAAGUGCCAACCGAGGGAUUCCCGUCGCUGACGCCGAACUGAGGAUCUGAGGAUACUCCGAUUUUACCGGCGUACUUUGCGUACAAGUUUUAGUGUUAAUCCAGUGAUGACUCGCCGGGAAAUCGAUAUCGGCAGGACGAUGCGAUGCCUCACGUAAUGCGAAUAAUAUUCCUGUUAAUAUGCGUUGUUAAAUGCGAUUAAUUAAUAGAUAUUGUAUGUAUAUUGCUUUCUCAGACUGUGCGAACAACGAGCCACAGAUACGUUAACGAGUGAUUUUAAUUUAGUAAUUUCAAUUUGAUCGGUCAGAAGAAGAAAUCGUGGCCGAAUCGUUUUCUCUCUGUCACGCGCAAACGCUACUUUCCCGUAAUUACUUAUUAUUUACUUAUUAUUUAACGGAAAGUUAACGAUAUAUAAACUUUAUAAGACAGUUCUGAUUUAUCGCGAGGUACGACUAAUUCACGAGUAAAACAGGAAGCGAGAAAGCGGCGAUUGCGCCUUGACAAUUCUGCUAUACAAUAUAGACGCGUUCUUCGUUCCGAUCAAUAGCUAACUCAAAACACGUACUCUGAACGGGAUGUUGUAAAUAUUCGCCGAUGGCGACGUUAGUCAUUAAGUAGCAUUGUAAAUAAUAAUUCAUGAAAAUAACGAUGUCAUAAUCAAAAAAAGAUAGACUGUUCUUACGUAAACCAGAAGCUGAAUGAUCGCGCCGUGUUCAUCGAGCUCCCCGCGUAUAAAUGUGUACAGUAAUCUAUAUAGUAAUUUUAUAUAAUGUCGAAUUGAAUCGAUACUACGACGAACACGACGAUAUCAUCUAAACUGAAAACGAAACCGCGCUACCACGAGCGAACUGAUCAUACACUGAAUUUCGUGGCAGUGCAUCUCUAAAGGCGCCCUUAUAUAACUUCGUUGAUUAAUUGUUAUUUUGUCCCUCUAUCCCCCGAACGCGAUCUCGAUGUAACGGGGGAUGGAAUCUCAGCCCGAUACAUUUUUACGUACGCACUGAAUAUAUAUAUAAAUGUAUGUCAUAUUUUGUACAAAUUGUUCUCUGUACAAAGAACUGAGGGCCUUACUGCAACGUGGGCCUUAAAUAAAUGAAUUUUUUAGGA